CCAGCACCACGAGCUGGUUGCGUCAACCAAUACUCCGCCUAGUAGGAACAAUGACUUUGUAACAUCCCACAUUUGCAACGUCCUUUCUAUUUUACUAUUACCUUUUUUUUGUCAAGAACCCUACUCUUUGUUGGCUACUACAAGCUACCUUUUGCAGCGAGGCGGGUUAUACUUGUCCUCGGUGCAAACAAUUAGAGUUCGCAUGACGCUUUUCCUUUUGUCUUGUCGUUGAGGUGCUGAGCAAAAAGCACCUACGAAUAGAUCUCUCCUCUAGAUCCGUCUCCACAAUGUCGUCCGUAAAGGUGGUCGUCCGCGUUCGCCCGUUCAAUUCCCGUGAACUCGCCAGAAGCUCAAGAUGUAUCGUUUCAAUGACCGGUCCGACGGUUACCCUCAGCCGUCCCGCAAUGAUCACAUCCUGUCCCGACCUCCGACCCGGAUCCGGUAGUACGGAAGAAACUUCCAAGACAUUUACCUAUGAUGAUUGUUAUUGGUCAUUUGAUGAUCGUGAUGGGCAUUUUGCAUCCCAGGAGACAGUCUAUGAGGGAAUUGGAAAAGAGUUGUUGGAUCAUGCUUUUGAGGGAUACAAUACUUGUAUAUUUGCGUACGGUCAAACCGGAUCGGGAAAAUCGUACUCCAUGAUGGGCUACAAGGAACAAACCGGCAUCAUCCCACGCGCAUGUAACGAACUCUUUGCCCGCAUCAAGGAAAACACUGAUCCCAACCUCUCGUAUGGAGUCGAAGUUAGUUAUAUGGAGAUUUAUAAUGAGCGGGUUCGGGAUCUGUUGAUGCCCGGGAAUAAGGGCAAGCUGAGAGUACGGGAGCAUCCUUCCUUGGGCCCCUAUGUGGAAGACUUGAGCAAAUUGGUGGUUUCGACAUUUGAGGAUAUCGUGAUCUUGAUGGAUGAGGGAAAUAAGGCCCGCACGGUCGCUUCAACAAAUAUGAACGCCACGUCAAGUAGAAGUCAUGCGGUCUUUACCAUCGUUCUCACUCAAAGCCUCCGGGAACCAAUAUCGGGAAUAACAUCGGAAAAGAUUUCGCGAAUAUGCCUCAUUGACCUCGCGGGUAGCGAACGCGCGGAUGCAACGGGAGCAACGGGCCUGCGCUUGAAAGAGGGGGCAAAUAUCAACAAGUCGUUAACAACACUCGGCAAGGUUAUAUCUGCACUUGCUGAUGCAUCGUCUGCUGGUAUGGGAAGGAGACAGUCAGAGUCAUUUGAACUUCCUCCGAUUCCGUCCAAGCGGUCAAGUCAUCCAGUUAAAGGGAAAAAUGGAGGAACAUCAACACUCCCAGCUUACAUACCAUACCGAGAUUCGGUACUGACAUGGUUGCUCAAAGACUGUCUUGGCGGUAACUCCAAAACUGUCAUGAUCGCCGCCAUCUCUCCUGCGGAUGUGAACUAUGAGGAAACACUUUCAACCCUCCGAUACGCCGAGCGCGCGAAACGCAUUGUAAACAAGGCUGUAGUAAAUGAAGAUCCCAACGGACGAGUCAUGCGGGAACUGCAGGAAGAGGUUGCCGUUCUCAGAGCAAAGUUAGCAGUGUAUGAACCGUCGGAAAGUGGGGGCGGACAGUCGGGCCCAGAUACACGACGAGAGGAGACAAGCGGAAAUCUGAAAGUAGAACCGGCAGACAUGGCUGCAUUGCGAGAUGAAUUGAAGGCUAGUGAAAAGCUCAUGGCAGAUAUCACCCUCAGUUUCGAGGAGAAAUUGCGCAAAACCCAAGAGAUCCAGCAGCUUCGGGAGAAAAAUCUCGCCGAGCUCGGCAUAUCUCUAAAUACAGACAAACCCGUCAUUGGCGUCCAAGUUCCCAAGAAUCAGCCACAUCUUGUCAACCUCAACGAGGACCCCCUCAUGUCUGAAUGUCUCUUGUACCAACUUCCGCCGGGCGUUCAUGUCGUUGGGGACGCGACAAGUGCCGAUAUACGAUUGAGCGGUGAGAAUAUCUUGGACGAACAUUGCACGUUCGUGACAGAUGAUAGUGGUAUUGUGCGCGUUGAGCCGCGCAAUGGAGCUUUGGUGUAUGUCAACGGGGAACUUAUUUCUGGACCAAAGCGUCUGCGAUCUGGCUACCGAGUUAUCCUGGGAAGUCAUCACGUAUUUCGAUUUAACCACCCCGAAGAAGUCAGACGAGAACGCCAAAACAAAAAGCUGCGGACAUUACCUCCUCUCGUCAUCACUGGCGAAUUCCCGUCCGGAAGAUGGAGCGAUCAAAGUUUAUUCUCUCCACCAUCUUCCUCUAGUGUAUCUGAAAAGUCGGUCGUGUCUGGAUUAGUAGAUUGGAACUUUGCCCUGCGGGAACGUGAUCUCGCAUCACAUGGACAUGACACUGCGGAUCCCAAGAGCCCUAGGAAAAUUUUGACGGAUGAGGCUUAUGAUACGUUUUCCGAGCACAGUAGCAUGAUGUCGCUGGGCCAGCAGCCUGUGACAUUUAUGAGCGAACCAUUGGAUUACCUCGGCGCCCCCAAGAGAAUGGAAGAAUUCUACCCGAGACGCUCCUUGGACGAGAGUACCCGGUUUUCGGUCGGGGAUCAGCAACCGUAUAAACGCCCAAUGUCAAUCAGAGGAGGUCGGCGAUCCAGUUUUUCGGCUGGUGAUGCGUCGGAGGCUGAUCGUACCGAGCGCCUCCUUGAGGCCCAGCGAAUGACGUAUGAAGCGAGAUUACGGCGUAUGGCGAAAAUUAUUGGAAAAGGCGGAUCAGGAGCCAUCACAGAACGGCAAAGGCAGUUAGCGCGUGAUGCUCUGACAAUCUGGCGGCGCCGAGGUUAUGUUCGUCUAGCAGAACAGCUUGCGGACGCACAAUCGUGCCUAAAAGAAGUCAAUGUUAUUGCCCGCGAAUUGGAAAAGGAUGUGUUGUACCAAUUUGUCUUGGUCGAGGGAGACGAUUUGGGAUCAUUGUCAUUUUGGGAGACCCCGAUGGACACUGCCAAGAGUCCAUUACCAUCUGACAUUGUGUCUAACAAGGACGCAACAAUCUCUCACUCCUCUGCGCCUUGUCUCGCAAUCAAAAUUCUGGAUGCCCGUCAUAAUUCCAUAUAUUAUUGGUCCUAUCCGUCCCUCGUCAAACGGUUGGAAGCCAUGCGUCUCGCCUACAACUACUCGGAUCAGUCCAGCGCAUAUAUCUCUCAACACCUGAACCAAGAAGAAGAUAUAUUCUAUGAAACAGUUCGCAGACCAUGGUUCGAUCUCAUUGGGAAUGCCUGGGUGUGCAUGCGGAAUCUCAUGUGGGGUGUCACCAAAUCUGUUCGAUGUGACGUUGUAGAUGAGGACGGUGUCACACGAGGAUGGGUACAAUUGGUUGUCACUUUUAUCGGGAGUGAGAGGAACGAGUUGAAUCAGUUUUCUGGGCCACGGGACGAGGAUGCGGAUCCGGAUGUCAGGUUAGCGGAGGGCGAUGGAGUCAUGGAUCCAAGUUCGUCCAUGGUGUUUCAUGAAGGUGGUGAUUUGGUCUUUGAGGUGUCUAUAUUGGAGCUGGGGGGAAUUUCAGAACAAGACUACUCUGAACUCCACGUCCAGUUUCGAUCCAGUGCUUUUGGAGUCUGUCAACGGGAUUCAGCACCUCUACUAGGCAGUACUGGUGAUAGAAUUUACGCUACAGAUCCUGCGACCGAUUUUGGGCAAGGACCCGUGCAAUUCGAUUUUAGUCAGACGGUACGGUUGACUGUGACUGCCACCGUCCGAGACGUAAUUGCGAAUGGUCUGGUACGAUUUGAGAUAUUUGGACGUAGGCAGAGACAUGUCCUGUCCAUGAUCGAACACGAGUUUGCAGAGGUGUCGAGAGUGCCUCCUUUGCCUGACCAUCCUGACCUUCCCUCUACGCCAGUCAGGGAAACAGCACCACCGUCUCAAAGCCCAACCUCACCACUCUCUCCCUCCCGUCCUUCAUUACAAUCCAAUACAGCCCAACGCCACGAUAUACUAGCCCAAAUCCAAAUCCUCGAAUUCUCCCGCACCGCAGCCAAUUUCAAACCCUGCCCUGUCGAAUCAGCCUCCAAUACCGACACUGGUACCUUUCUUCUCCGGCAAGGCCUCCAACGCCGUUUCGUGUUGGGUCUUUCCCAUAAUAGCGGAAAGGAAUUUCCUUGGGAAAGAGUGAGUAUGGUAAAGCUGGGCCGGGUUCGACUGAUUCGUAAGGAUGGUACCGUCGUCGCACCAGAGGGUGACGAUGUUGCUCUCGAGGACGAUAUGAUUCCUUUACGUAUUCCUCGUAAACAAAAUCUAACGUUCCAACGAGACGGGAGGAGUACGCUCUACCUCGAAUGUAGUUGGGAUAGUAGUCUCCACGAAAGUCCCUGGUUGAAUAUAAUUACCGGACGCGAUGAGAAGGUUGUCGUGAGAGUUGAAUGGACGGUUGAGAUGGGUCAAGUGGAGAGUGGUGUUGGACCGAUGGGUUUCAGACAGGCUGAGCCUUUACGGUUCUGGAUGGAUGUGCAGGUUCAAAUAUUUGAUCGGGAUCAGAAAUUCCGCUCCCCACCGAAAUACCAAAUAGCACAUCUUCUUUCAAAACCCUCUCUCAGCAAUCUAAGGGAUACGCUAAGCGGACGACCAUCCAUACGCUACCUAGAAUCCAGCUCAAACGUGUUUACAGUAACCAUGCGCCCGGCCGCCUCCAGCAGUCCACAGCGUGCCCGAAAGGUCGCCAAAAGCAGUUACGUACGAGGCGAAGAAUGUCUAGGUGGAUGGAAACCACGUGGGGUCGACAUGAUUGUGGAUUGGUGGAGAGCCAGGCGAAAGAUUCAACGCAGGAUGGAGGUUGAGAGAUUUCGACAGGGUGUGUGGGAUGAGGUUAGGGAUACGUUACCGAGGCGGGAUGGAGAAGAGACCAAUAGGGUGGUUGCUGGUGGUAGGGCGUUAGAGAUUUGGAGGCGAAGGGAUGUGAGGGAUUUGGAAUUGGAUCGUCUGCUUUUGGGUGACACUAUCCAGAAUCCUUCCAUAUGCACCCGACGUCCACCGCACUCGAACCUUCCCUGGAUAACUGAAAUCGCCACUGCGCAAUGGUAAAACACUCUCAGCCUUUCAUUUUAUUGUUGUCCGUUUUCUCAACUCCCACUCGUGUACCUUAGCGGCCCCGUUGUCAAACGUGGGUACAUGCGUUUACCAGAAAACGGCGUCCAGACCUGGCUUAAGCGGUGGUUCGUUAUCCGUCGGCCCUACAUGUUCAUCUACUCGACCAGCGCCGAAAAUGAAUUGCUGUCAGUUAUUGGACUGGAGGGUGUCGAGUUACGGUAUUCCAAAGAUUUGUGGAGUGUUUUACAGAAACCCAACGUCUUUGCCAUGCACUGUCCAUACCACUCCAUACUCCUUCAACCCUCCAGUGAAGAAAGUAUGAGAGCCUGGAUCGAUGCCAUUGACCCUCUACACGUCGCUGUAGCCAUGAGCCGGAAGGGACGGAUUGAGAUUGACGGGGAUGGGGAAGAAGCCGUGUGAGAGGGAUUCACGAACCUUUACCAGCCUGCCUGCCGAAAACGAAUCUUGCGUGUCAUGAGAGCGCUGUUGCUUUUACCAAGUUUUUUUUUUUUCUGUCGCUGCUUGCUUUUAAUUUUUCUUUGAUGUGCCUUGGAGUUUUCUUUUUUUUUAGCAGUUAUUGGGGUGCACUGUAGCUUUAUCUUGCUUAUUCUAUCGCAUUUUUGUUUAUUAUUGGCUUUUUUUAUUAGGAGGAGCGCCUUCUUCUCUCGAUUCUAUAAAUCGCUUGUGAAAAUAGUAAUUUUCUAUGUAAAAAUAUAGAUCUCGUAGCUCUC